AUGCUCAUCAAAUCGACGCUGCUUCUCACUUUGUGGGUUUGCUUCUCGUCUCAAUUGAGUUUAGUUAGGGAUCCCACGUCAAACAGCUGGGGUGAGACUGUCAACGAUCCGGAGAGAUCGUCAUUCGCCACAAGUCCUCCUCGUCCCGUGGUCCGGGAGCGGUAUUGCUUUCCCAAGGGUUGGCCUGGUGGUGUUUAUGAUUGGCGAGCCGGUUAUAGGUGCUUGGUCGUCGAAUGCCAGCCGCUGAACUAUGUUUGCCCCAACGAAGACACGUUCACGUUCCACCGCAAAUGCAUGGCCUGCAACUUCAUGAAGGAUCUGGAUAAGGCUCUUUAUGUGACCCCGAAUUACGAUUACGAUACGAACGAGUACAGAAUCCCAUGAGAAGGACGUCAUCUUUCGGUCGACUGCAGGAGCCGGGGGGAUCACAAAACCACGCGGAGUUUCCUCCGGAGACCCAUCCACUCGCUGAUACUAUCCAAAUAUAUUUAUGGAAGAACAAAUAAAUUCAUGCCAGA